CUCUCUCUGUUGACCCAAUCGUUGACUGAGAUUUGGUUCCUUCUGUUAGCAGUGAUUGCGGAAUGAGCCAGUCGUUGGUGGGCGGUGGAGGCCACGCGCCGCUGUUCACAGUGUCGCAGUUGGCGGAGAUGGAGCAUCAAGCCUUGGUUUUCAAGUACCUCAAGGCAGGUCUUCCUGUUCCUCCUGACCUCUUGGCUCCUAUUCGCAGCAGCUUCAAUCUCAUCCACCCCGAUUUCCUGCGUCACCCCUCUCUGACUUAUGCUUCCUUCUGUGGGAAGAAGAUAGACCCGGAGCCAGGGAGGUGCCGGAGGACAGAUGGCAAGAAGUGGAGAUGCUCUAAAGACGCACAUCCAGACUCAAAGUACUGUGAGCGGCACAUGAAUCGUGGUCGCUACCGUUCAAGAAAGCUUGUGGAAUCACAAAAUGCUUCUCAAUCAUUGUCAGCUGUGGCAUCGUCGGAUAUAAGGACAGGGAGCAGUGGCCAUAGUGGGACCUUCCUUAGUAUGCCCUUGCAGUCGGCAGGAAACAGUGGGAAUCUAUGCUUUGGAGGUGAUGUGUCUGAGUUGAAGAUGGAGCCUGUACCCUACGGGAUAGUGAAGCAUGGUAACAGGGUGCUCGAUGGAGCAGAGGAGCAUAAUUUUAUGUCAGAAGCUUCAGGUAGUGCAAGAUCUGUUGGUGUGGCUAGUACUGUAGAUAGUCCGUGGCGUCUUAUGACAUCUCAAGUUCCCUUGAACUCGUCUUCUGAACCUAGAAAUGGUUCUUUUCUGCUAAACAACUCCCAGAUGCAGACAUUACAAGAUAGUGAAGCAUUGACUGUUGAUUCUGCUAUGUCCAAACAACAGCAACAACAAUAUGUUGGUGGAGAGUUUGGCGUUCUGAGAUCCAUAAAACAAGAACAACAUCCUCUUCAGCCCUUCUUUGAUGAGUGGCCUAAAUCAAGAGAUCUGGGGUUCCAACACACUGAUCCAAGAUCAACGAAUAACUUGUCAAACACACCUCAGCUGUCUAUGUCUAACCUGAUGGCUCCCUCCAAAUUCUUCAAGGAGCGCUAAAUCACCCAGUGAUGCCUAUGCUUGAACCUGUGAGCUAAAUGUGUGAAUCAUCUUGUGUCUGUGCUAUGUGGGUUUCCUGUUUCCUGUAAUUUUUAGCUCUCAUGUGACCACUAUUGUUUAUUUUGUUUGUAAUUCCGACAUUCAUGCAUGUACUACAGUAAUAACGAGUUUAGGACGCUCUGAAGUCUGAAGCAUGAAUGCAGCUUUUCUCUCCAUGUCGGGGGUACUGCACUAUUCAUGCUUCCCAGAGAUAAAAGCUCUUGUAUAAUUAAAUUUACGUAGGCUAUCUAUUUGUAGUUUCACUUG